AUGUUUGAAGAUGACUUUUUAAAUGGGUAUAUGUCAAAAAAUCAUACUAUUCUUGAAGGAUAUGCAUAUGCUAUUUCAGCUAAUUGGUAUUACUUCAACUUAAUUUUAGGUAUAGAUAAUUUUAAAGAUACUUAUAAAACCCAUCAGGUAUUGAUGCUUCAAAAUUCAAUAAAAUUUUGAAUGCUGAUAUAGUAGAUAGAGUUAUUGAUAGAUCAGUCUCAUUAAAAUAAUAUUCUAUUCUUCCUUCUACAUAAGUAAAUUAUGAUCAUAUCUAUGGAUUAUCAUCAGAAGCAAAACCAAUGGUUGAUUUUUUUGUUGUUUCUAUUGAUGUAUGGCACCAUUUUAAAAAGUACUAUUGUUCUGGUAUAUAUAUUAAUCAAUAUUCAUUUUAGAUUAUGAUAUUGUUGUUUUUGUUACUAAAUAGCAUCCUCAAAUAAAAAACUAUUUCUUUUGUGAAAAUUUAGAUGAAGGACUAUGUGUUUGCAGGGAUAUCAUUAACAUUCUCUUUGUAAUUGUAUUUCCAAAAAACACUGAUAUAUUGUAAGCAAUAUUAACACCUAUAACUCCUUGGAUGGAUUUAAUAAAAUUUCGCACUUUUAUAUUUGCAAUGCAUAAUUUGGGAAUUUAAACCAUUAAAUUUAGUAAUGAAGGCUUUAUCUAUUUUAACAACAAAAAAGUGCCCUUUAAAGGCAAUAGAACACUUUAUGAUAUUGGAAUAAACAAAGAUAUUUAAAUUGUUAUGGCAUGUUAAAACUUAUCAAUGCAAGAUAUAGAAGAAGAAAUUGAAACAGAUGGCGAAGAACAUUAAUUGGAAUCAAGUAAUUAUUAUCUCCAUAAUUCUAAGAUUUACAUGAUAAAUAAGAAUUCUUAGAAAUUUUACAAAAAGCACUUAGUGAAUAAGCUACUAUUCAAUUGAGUGUAAAAUCAAUUCAAGAAAUUUAAUAAACUUUAGAAAAAAAUGACUUUUUUUAAAUUUGA